UGGGCUGGGCUGUGCGGGCGGCUGGCGAGCGGGUCACGAUGCUGCAGGGAGCGGGGGGACCGGCCCCGCAAGGCUCAUUCCCUGUCGGUGUCUGUCGCUUAGGUCGGGCGAUGUAGCCCGUCCCGUCCCGUCCCUGGAGCCGCUGCCUGGUAACGGGACUGAAGGGAGCUGUGCUGGAGGCAGGGAGGGCUGUGAUUGGAGUUGAAAAUGAGAUGAGCCAAUCAUGAAGGACUAUGAUCAUGGUAUACUUACAUCCACAAUAAGCCAUAUAUAAGCCCCGUGUAUGACACCACAUGAUGGAGGUGGAGGUGGUCUGGGAGUCUGAUAAUGACACUUGUGACACAGGUGAGGAGCAUUCAGAUGACUCCAGUCAUUCGUCUGAGCGGCUGGGUCACAAAUCUAGCCUCCAGCUGGAGGUAGAUUUAGACUACUCUCAACCAUGCAGUCCUGGUUGUAGCCCUGCUGGACCUUCAGGUAGACAAGAACUCCCUGUAGAACUGCAGUGUGAAGACGAGGAAACCUAUGAGACCUACUACCAGAAGCGAGGUGAGACUACAGCUGGGGUCUUUGUCAUCUCCAACACCAACUUUGACCUGCAAUGUGAAGAUGAGGAUCUGGAGUUCUACUCCUCUGAGGAACCUCAGGGAGGGUUAAGUGAGGAUGAUGAAAAGAUCAUUCUUGUUGAUGCUUUUGAUGAGGAGGACCUGGAGGCCAUCACUGGAGAAGCUUUGCCUUGUAAGUGCCAGAAGUGUGGUACCUCUUUUCAGGAUCUGGGAGAAUUAAAAGAACACAACCAGAUCCACCUGACAGAGAAUUCAUACCCAUGCCCCAUCUGCGGCAAAGAGUUCUUCCGUGCUGCGAACUUGCGAAUGCACAAGCUCAUUCAUUCUAGUGACAGGCCACACAAGUGUCCGGAGUGUGACAAGGGGUUCAUCCGUACAGCUGACGUCUGGAGGCACCUACGCAAUGUGCACAAGAUUGAGCGCUCCAAGGUAGUUUUGGGAAAUGGCAUGGUUAGGAACCGAGGGUCAACAUUGCACCAAAACAAGCAUGGUGAUGGAGACUCUGACCAGCAGUGUUCAGAAAAUAAAAAGCCCGCGAGAGAAGAGUCUAAACCUUACAUCUGUCCAAUGUGUGGCAAAGGUUUCCGUAAACCUAAUCUGCUGUCUAGACACAAGGUGAUCCACCGACAGGACAAACCACAUAAAUGUCAAGAAUGUGGGAAGUCCUUUGCUGAGCGGCUCAAGUUGAAAAGGCACCAGCAGAUUCACUCUGGAGAGCGCCCUUUCUACUGUGAGGAAUGUGGAAGGACUUUUACACAGCUGGUGACACUACAGUGCCAUCAGCGGAUCCAUACUGGAGAAAAACCCUAUUCUUGUGCGUACUGUGGUCGUCGCUUCACAGUGUCUGCCACUCUAAGGAAGCACGAGCGCAGACAUAAAGUGGACAAAUCGUAGUAUUUAGGGCUCCAUGGUUGUGGUCACUGUUGUUUUCUGUUACCUGAAUGAGACCUGCUCCAGACUGAUAGAGAAACUACCCCAACCUACACACACAGGUCAGUCCCCAGCCCCUUUCUCUAGCGAUGGCCAGCAUAACUCUAAUAAGAAAACAUUGCCUCAUGAGGAAUUCCAUGAUCUCCACAAGUAGUCUGUGUUAACAGGCCCUGCACCUGUUCGCUGGAGUUACAAGAGGAGAAAGCUCAAUUGCCAUUAAAUAAUGAGGUCAGCGAAGUCAAAGGAUAUGUAUGGAAGUGAAGUUCCUGGAAAGUACUGGGCAUUGUCAUAACUAGCUGGACUUUUCUGCGGGUGCAUCGAGUUGAGCUUUUCUCUAGGACUGAUGGGUUAAUGGGAGCCCUUCUGCAGUCCCAGACUCUGAACUUAUUGUGACUACUCUCCAGCAGUUUCCCUUGAUUUGAGGAUGUAUCAUUUUUUUCAUUUGCUAGGACUGCACAGUCCUUCUAAUCAGAGCUGGCCCAUCCAUACCUUCUCUCUGUUCAUUCUGUCAUGUUUUCUAAUGAAGUAUCUUUAUUUUGAAGAGAGGAAUCAUGUUGGUUGUAAAAAUCCAGGACUUUAGGUAAUUAACUGUUG